AAGUCACAGGUAUGAUUUUCGAUUCUAUGUUAGGCAAGGUAAUCCUUCAACUACCUAGUGACGUGUCCGUGAUUCAUUGGUUCAUUAUACCCAUGUUUGAAUCUCCCUCCAAGGAAGGAGUGCACUAGCAUGAGACUUGGGUCGGCUGUUCAGGUCAGGUGGGAACAAAACUAUGUGCAAUGACCUUCCUUUUCUUCGACGCGACAUUAAUAUUGCAGGGCCUUGGACAGUUGACACAGCCUCAGCGCUCUGCUUGACAUAACCAUGACAUAUAUAUAUGGAUCUGUCCCAGGCAGUCGCUCGCAGCGUCCUAACAAUGGAUUACAUCCAUACAUCGUCUGCUAACGACGCACGGAGGAGUCUAUGCAGUGUCGUAGAACACAGCGGUAUUUUUGACUCUGAAAAACGCCAGCCCCAUUUACGAUGCAUGGAGAACACGCGAGUUGCGCUUCGGGAGAGUCUGAGAAGCGUCCUCGACCGACACGAUCAAACGAAUAUCUGGCUCAAUGGCCUCGCCGGCGUUGAAAAGACGUCCAUCGCAUUCACCAUAGCUGAGGAGAUGAAAAGAGGUGGAAGACUUGCCGCCACUUUCUUCUUCUUCUCGCACAAGCAUGCACAACUUGCUGGCAAGAUUAUUCCUACCAUCGCAUACCAGCUCGCACUGACUUUCCCGCGCAUUCGGGGCGAUAUCACGCAAGCGAUCGAGAAAGACGAGAUUCUCUUAUCGUCUGAAAAAUCGCGUGUUGACCAGAUGCGGGAGCUGGUUAUCAAUCCGCUGCACACGUUGAGAUUUCGUCGAGAGACGCCUUAUGUCAUCAUCAUCGAUGCUCUUGAUGAAUGCUUUUCUUCUGAAGAGGCGGCGAGACUGGCUACGCUUUUUAUGGAGAUGCUCUCGGGCCCAGACUUGCCUAUCGUUCACCUGAUAUUUACGAGUCGCCCCGAGGCUCAUAUACGCGCGGCUAUGCCACCUAGCGUCCGCCAGAUUUCACUCACCACACGUGAUGCAGAUGUUGUACAAGAUGUUCGUUUCUUUCUGCGAGCAUCACUUGAAAACAUACGGACAAGUCGUCCCGACAUUUUUGGAUGGCCUCCGAGACCUUGGCCGUCAGAGGCUGAAUUCGAGACCUUGGCCUUCAAGGCAGGCGGUCUUUUUGUCUAUGCUGCUAUGGCCGUCAAUUUUUUAUCUCCAAUCGGCCAAUAUCCUCAGCAGAGGCUAGAUCUCUUACUUCGCGAGAGGUCAAAUGUCGGCGCUGACAUAGACCAGCUUUAUCGACAGAUUAUUGCAACUUCGGAGAAUCCAGCCUUACACUGCCGGAUGUUAGCGUCCAUUAUCCAUCUGGUUCAACCGCUCACUCUUAAAGACCUCCAAAAACUCUUCCACGCGGAUAAGGAGAGCUUAGGUGUGAUGCUGGAAAUAUUUUCACCCGUGAUCUUGAAUCCACCCGAUGGAGUUGGAAACGUCGAGAUUUACCACGCUUCGCUCAACGACUUUAUGAAGGAUCCUCGUCGCUCGAAAGAACACCACGUGAACGAGGCUCAUGCUCACGAGCAUCUUGCAUGUCGCUGCCUUAACUUGCUGACACGAACAGGACCGGCAUAUGGAGCAGCACACCAUGCACACCAGUAUGCACGUUUUUUGGUGGGGUACGCACAUUUCUUCGGCCUAUCCUAGCAGCGAACUUCGGCAACUGCUCGCUGGGUUUAAAAAGGAGAAUUUGAAACGAUUGGUAGCAGUCGCGGAAGAAGAUCAAUCGCUUGGUUUUCUCGUAGUGAAUUUGCGUGAAGCGAGAAAGGCUUGUUUUUCUUGGGUGACUGUUUUGAAUAUUGGUAAGAGGUGCAAACUAAUCGU